AUGGCAGCCGAUGUAGAAGCAAGAUUGGCUGCAACUACCAGCCACAGUCCAGCUUUGAAGAGACUUUUAGCCCUCCCAGAUUGCACGCAGUUCCGAGGUGUCCUCGUCAUUCAGCCCAAACACCAGGCAGACCAACUCACGUUUACGACUCUCGCAGGACCAGGCAAAAUUUCAUGCCCACCUUACGUUGCUACGUCUAACGAAAAGGGAGAACUCCUAGCAUUUUACCAUCUCGGGUCUCAAUUAGCUGGCCACGCCGGUAUCUGCCAUGGUGGUCUCUCUGCAGUGCUGCUGGAUGAAUGUAUGGGCCGCGUCUGUUUCGCCAGAUUACCCAGUGGUGUCGGAGUAACAGUCAAACUGGAUAUCAGCUACCGGGCACCGAUAGCCGUGAACAGUAUAGUGUUGGUUGCUGCAAAGGUCGAAAAGGUCGAAGGACGCAAAGCAUGGGUCAAGGCGACUAUACAGGAUCCCGAAGAGAGCACUGUAUUUGUCGAGGCGGAAGCUCUGUUUAUAGAGCCGAAGUGGGCGGCGCAGAUGUCAAACGACCUGUAA